GGACGCUAGAGUCAGGGCACGGGGUCUCCAGACAUAAAAGUCCACUGCUUCUCCCAACGACCCCUAGUCCCAGGGCAAGGCACUCUUGGAGAUGUGUCCAAAAGCUUCGUGGACCUGAGUGACCCAAGUGAAGCGAACAACUACUGGGCUUUGAACUUGACCUCCAUGCUCUGCCUGACCUCUAGCAUCUUGAAGACCUUCCCCGACAGUCCUGGCCUCAGCAGGACCGUAGUUAACAUCUCAUCCAUCUGUGCCCUGCAGCCCUUCAAGGGCUGGGCACUGUACUGUGCAGGAAAGGCUGCUCGCGACAUGCUGUUCCAGGUCCUGGCUGCAGAAGAACCAAGUGUGAGGGUGCUGAGCUACGCCCCAGGUCCCCUGGACACAGACAUGCAACAGUUGGCCAGGGAGACCUCCGUGGACCCAGAAUUGCGAAAAAGGCUGCAGGGGCUGAAGGCAAAGGGGGAGCUGGUGGACUGCCGAGUGUCAGCCCAGAAACUGCUGAGUUUGCUAAAAAAGGACACGUUCAAGUCUGGAGCGCACGUGGACUUUUAUGAUAAAUAAGCCCAUGACCUUGGCUGUCUGGGCCUUCCUGCCCCCACUUUCAGGCACAUCCUAGACCCCUAUGCCUUCCACAUUCUGCCUCAGUGGCAGCCCUGCCUUACACGGAUAAGCAUCCAUGCUUACUGUCCUGCCCUCAGACGCAGUCAGCUAUGAGCCUUUGGGCUGCUGUCCUUACCAGUUGUCAGGAGUCUGUACCCUGGAUUGUGAAGAAGUUUCCAUAGGAGACUUAGGAAAGAGGUUAGGAGUGUUAGUGUGGCCUAGCCUCAGGAACAGAAUUUUAGGGCUGAGAAGAACAGAAAAAGAACUGAAACAUUGAAGAGAGGAGGUGAGAUCUUCCAUCCAUGACCAGUCCCUGGGGAGAGUGAUCUUGUUUCAAAUAGGACCCAUGUAGAGUCACAGAGGGCCUGGAGGGACAGGAGUGCAGACAGUACAAGUUUCAGCCCACACAGAAACCCUUGCUCAGAGAGGCAGACCUUCUAUUGAUCUUCAAGUUCACAUUCUGAUACCCCCUUCCUCCAGAACCCACCACCCCUCCCCCAGGUUGAGAGAAGGGGCACCCGAGAGUCUAUAUAUGUGGCAAAAGCAGAUACAAAUAAAAUGUGGAUUGUUCACCA